AUGAGACUUUUCGGAUCAAGUGCUGGCCCUAACACCGUUACGAUCCCGUUCUGGGCUAGGGUCCCACAUACGAGGGUCUCUUGGCCACUGGAACGGGCUCCGUACGAGGAGUAUAGCCAGAACUCCGAUGCCUAUCUGGUCUUCAUCAAUGCGUUGACUGGCGAGGGAAGGGAUCACACGGAGCUGUAUAACGAUCAACAAGAUAAGAUGAUCAACACGGUCGCGGAUAACUGCAACAACACUAUGGUCAUUGUCAGUACGGUUGGUGCCCGUCUUGUGGACCAAUGUAUCGAAUAUGACAACAUCACUGCCGUCCUUUACUCGUUCGCUCCUAGGCAAGAAUCUGGCAACUCGAUCAUAGAUGUUCUAUACAGCGACUUCAACCCGAGUGUCCGUUUGAACUACACCAUCGCGAAGAACGAAUCGGACUACAACGUCCACCAUGACAGCAUGACCGAGUGCGAUUUCACCGUAUCUUACUUCAACUCGUAUAACAUCACACCCCGAUACCCCGUUGGCCGCGGUCUUUCUUACACAAAGUUUUCGUACGCGGAUCUCAACAUUCCUUCUUUCGAUGUCCUUUCCAGAUACCCUAGAGGUUCGCAUUCUGUCGCUGGGCCGGCUGACCUGUGGGAUAAAAUCGGCAACAUCUCCGUCACUAUCUCCAACACUGGCGACCGCGCUGGUGCUAAAGAUCCCUCAGCUGUAUCCCUCGUACCUCGAAUGCUGCUCAGCAGCCUGUCCGACAGCUUCGUGGACUCGAACGUGUGCAGUUGGACAAAAACGGCCAUGCUCUUGUGA